GCGCAAUGAGCAAGGGGAACAAAAAUGGAUACUGGAAGCAGUUGAAGGAACGCAUGGAUGAAGUGGGACCGAUUCUUCGCGUCAUCUUCGACGGGAAUAAGUUUACUGACCGGAAAACCGAUAUCGACCAAGUCAUAAAUGAUGUUGACAGUUCCAAUGCUAAGCAUUACGUUGGCGUGAUGAGUGACAAAUUAUGGAAUGCUGCGAAUCCGUCUCACAAACUUGUGCAAAUUGUCCGAGUGAGAAAGGAUUUACCGACUGAAAUAUAUCUCAAUUCUCCAGCCUCCCGUGUGAUUGCGAGCAAAAUUUAUAUUCAUCUAUCGACGAAAAUGCAUUUUAUGGAAAUUUUUAAGCUACUCAUGCAUCCCGACGUCAUUUUGUUAUCUAUCGUUUUGGAGAUGUCAGGCACGGUCACGUUUAUGUGUAGAGGUGCUGUGAAUAUAAUAAUAGGAAAACUCAAGGAGCUGAAACCACCAGAAGGACGCGCUCUCCAGCUAGCGGCGCUGCAAAGGAACCCUGAAGGGCACCCUACUGAGGCCGUUGGAUUACCGACAAAGCAAGGCCUUCCUCUGGAGAAGAAUUUCGCAAGGUACAAGGUGAUGUACAAACCAGCGUACCCAACCUUUCCGCUGGUGGACGCAUUUUUCUUCAUGGAGUCACCGCGGAGGACACUGGUUGGGCUGCAAAUGACUACGGCACAUGAUCACCACACCAAAACCAGCACUGUGAAGCAGUUCACUGAGUACCUAUCGUGGUUCUUUACGAAUUGGGAGGAAUUUGCUCAAGGUUUGUCGUGGGAUAUUAUUUAUGUACAACACGCAGACAGCAAGCCGAUGGAAAACUGGCAGAGAUGUGAUUACGUCAAUCCCAGAAGCCGUGAGGAAAAAAAAAUUGUGGCGUUCUGGGAUAAAAAGGUACGCCAGUACCAGUUCAUUUUGACGCCCGAAGACAUCGAAAAACUAAAUGCAAUUAAGGAGUCAACUACAGAUAAGAAACAAGAAGCAGCAGUGGGAAAUCAUCAGGAGGAAUUAGGGAGGUAA